AUGAAGCAUCUCGCAGCUUAUCUUCUUCUCGUCGCCGGUGGUAAGGCCAACCCCUCUAACGAAGACAUCAAGAAGCUCUUGGCUUCUGUUGGUAUUGAAACUGACGCUGCUCGUCUCGAUGCUUUGUUGAAGUCUUUGGAAGGCAAGACCAUUGCUGAAGUUAUUGCUGAAGGUACUCCCAAGCUUGCUUCCAUCUCUGCUGGCCCUGUUGCCGCUGCUGGUGGUGCUGCCGCUGCUGGUGCUGCUGCUGAAGAAGCCCCCGCUGAAGAAAAGGCUGAAGAAAAGGAAGAGUCUGACGAUGACAUGGGCUUCGGUCUCUUCGACUAA